CCCUUAAUUGCUGAACCAUGACACGGCCAUUGGAGUUGCUACUUUGAAAAAAAAAAUUAUCAAAUGCUGACAAUACCUUGGACUGGAGCCAUUGUUAAGUUUGGAAUCUCUUUAAUAUUCCGCUUUCAACAACAAAAUUUUCAGCAGUCAUCAAAUAGUGGUGUUGGUGUGGUACUACUGUAAUAGAAUUCAAGAAAAGGAGAGCAUCGUCUUUAUUCGAAACAUCUUCUAAAUAUAUCGGAAAUGGACGGCCCCUACAUCUCUCACUAUUUGCAACAGCAUACCCACUCUCUCCUUAUAAAAUCCUCUUCUUUCUUACUUACUAUCAGCCCUCUCCCUCUCUCUCUCUCUCUCCCCUUGGUUUUUGUUUUUCUUCAGAAACUAGCCAAAAUGGUCGCCAAGAAGCCAAGAAUUGUUAUCAUUGGAGCUGGUAUGGCUGGGCUUACAGCUGCUAAUCUGCUCUACAAAGCCACAAGAUCCAAAGACCUGUUCGAGCUCUGCGUCGUCGAGGGUGGGACUAGAAUUGGUGGGAGAAUCCAUACUUCUGAGUUUGGUGGUGACCGAAUUGAAAUGGGUGCAACAUGGAUUCAUGGCAUUGGUGGGAGUCCUGUUCACAAAAUUGCCCAGGAAAUCCAGGCCUUGCACUCCGAGCAGCCAUGGGAGUGCAUGGAUGGCUCCUCCCAAGACCCAGUAACCAUUGCCGAAGGUGGGUUGGAGCUCGAUCCAUCUCUCGUCGAUACCAUUUCCAGUCUUUACCGGAAGAUGAUGGAUUUUGCUCAGGGGAAGUUGAUUCAAGCCAACGACGAAGUUGAUUAUUACAGAAUUGCAACCAAGGCUCUCCAAAAUUGUAAGCGUAAUGGCUGCUUGGCAGAGCUCAGUAUUGGCUCUUUUCUUCGGCAGGCCCUUGAUGCUUAUUGGGCUCUGACAAUUGAGGGAGAGGACGAUAAAGAGUCCGGUAACUGGAGCCGGAAAUUGCUUGAGGAAGCCAUCUAUGCAAUGAAUGAAAACACCGAAAGAACUUACACUUCGGCCGAUGAUCUGUUAAAUCUUGACUUCAAUGCAGAGAGUGAGUACCGUCAGUUCCCGGAUGAAGAGAUUACUAUUGCUAAGGGAUACUUGAGCAUUAUCGAAUCGCUGGCUUCUGUCUUACCCGCUGGAGUGAUCCAAUUGGGUAGAAAAGUUAAGAAGAUCGAAUGGAAGCCGCAGGGUCUUCGAUCUUCAGAGAUAGACAACGGUUGUGACAGUAAGCCUGUGAAGCUGCACUUGGAAGAUGGUUCUACCAUGUCUGCUGAUCAUGUCAUAGUAACUGUAUCCUUGGGGGUGCUGAAAGCUGCAAUUCGAGAAGACUCAGGUAUGUUUAGUCCUCCCCUUCCCUCUUUCAAGGCGGAAGCAAUUUCUAAGCUCGGAUUCGGGGUCGUCAACAAGUUGUUUCUUCAACUUGAUCAUCAAACCCAUGAUCGACAAAGCGAGAAUUCUGAAACAUUUCCCUUCUUGCAAAUGGUUUUCCACCGGCCUGAUUCCGAGUUAAGGCACCGGAAGAUCCCAUGGUGGAUGAGGAGGACAGCCUCUGUCUUCCCAAUUUACAACAACUCCAGUGUUCUACUUUCAUGGUUCGCGGGGGAAGAAGCUCUGGAGCUUGAGUGUCUCAAAGAUGACGAGAUUGUCAAAGGAGUUUCAGCCACAAUCUCCAGUUUCUUAUCAGAUUCUCAACCUGGAAAGCAAGCAAAUACUCAUAAAUGCAGCAACGGGCACGUCAACUCCGAGGAGACUUACAAAGCUCUGGGGAAAAAACCAAGUAUCAGAAGCGUUCUGAAGAGUCAAUGGGGAACCGAUCCUUUGUUCAUGGGUUCUUACAGUUAUGUAGCAGUUGGGUCUAGUGGAAACGAUUUUGAUUCAAUGGCAGAGCCACUGCCGAAAAGCAGCAGCAGCAAUUGUGCAUGUGCUGCUGCUGCUCCUCCUCCUCCACUUCAAAUUCUAUUUGCAGGCGAAGCAACACAUAGAACCCAUUAUUCCACUACACAUGGAGCUUAUUUCAGUGGCAUAAGGGAAGCCAAUAGGGUGCUUCAACAUUAUCAGUGUGCUGGAUUUUCGGAUGCUUUGCACCAUUGAAAUUUGAAACACUAGAACUAGGAUUACAGCUGGGAUCUCUCUCUCUCUCUCAAAUUCCUCCUACACCUCUUUCUAAGUGCUCUCCAUAAAAGUGGGUAAUAUGGGUAAAAGAGUGAAAACAGAAGGUGGAUGGGUACAAUUUUUUUUAGAAGCAAUAUUUGUUUUGGGCUUUCUAUUGUUUAUUGUGUUUGGAAGUUGUUUUCUGGUUGAUAUCUUGAUCUUCAAAGCAAACUGGGAUGAGAAUCGAGAUUAUGCUCUCAUUGUAUAUUGGAAAGACAAAAAGAAAAAGAAGCAACAAGCAAGCUUUGGAUCUGCAUCUGCAUCA